UUUCUUUCUUUCUUAGGCAUAUUUUACUUGCUAGGCAUGGUUGAGCUUCGGUUCAGCUCAAAGGCUAUUCCAACAACGUUGUUGCUUCUGUGUUUCUUCCUCUUCCAUAAUGCAGAGGCCAGAAAUAGACAUUACAAAUGGAAUGUGAAGUAUGAGUAUAGGUCCCCAGAUUGCUUUAAGAAGCUGGUUAUCACAAUCAAUGGAAACACUCCAGGACCCACCAUCCAGGCUCAGGAGGGUGACACGGUUGUUGUUCAAGUUAACAACACUUUGCUCACAGAAAACCUUUCCAUCCACUGGCAUGGGAUCAGACAGAUUGGAACUCCUUGGUUUGAUGGAACAGAAGGUGUAACUCAAUGUCCGAUAUUGCCUGGCGACACAUUUGUUUAUCGGUUUGUUGUAGACAGGGUAAGUUAUCAUGUUAAUUCCUUAUCUUCAUGGUUCUUAAAAUCUGAUUUGGUCGAAUCUCUUAUGUUACAGCCUGGUACAUAUCUUUACCAUGCUCACUACGGAAUGCAAAGGGAAGCGGGGCUAUAUGGACUGAUUCGUGUGGCAGCCCGUGACCCUGAACCCUUUACCUAUGACUUUGACAGAAGCAUUAUUCUGAACGAUUGGUACCACAAGAGCACUUACGAACAAGCUGCUGGACUGUCUUCAAUUCCAUUCCAAUGGGUGGGAGAACCUGAGUCACUUCUGAUUCAUGGAAAAGGAAGAUUCAACUGCUCCCAAUCUCCAAGCUUGAAAACAGAUGUUUGUGACAUGUCAAAAUGUUCUCCCUUUGUACAAACGGUGAUCCCAGGGAAAACAUACCGACUCAGAAUUGGCAGCUUGACUGCUUUAUCUGCACUUAGUUUCCAAAUAGAGGGCCAUAAUAUGACGGUGGUUGAAGCAGAUGGUCACUAUGUUGAACCGUUUGUGGUGAAAAACCUCUUCAUAUACUCUGGUGAGACAUACUCAGUUCUGGUGAAAACGGAUCAAGACCCAUCAAGGAACUAUUGGAUCACUUCAAACGUGGUAAGCAGAAACAGAACCACCCCAGCAGGGUUGGGCAUUUUCAACUACUACCCCAACCACCCAAAACGGUCCCCUCCAACGGUUCCACCUUCCCCUCCUGCAUGGGACGACGUUGAGCCAAGGCUGGCACAAAGCCUCGCCAUCAAGGCACGCCAAGGGUACAUUCAAAAGCCACCCACAACCUCGGAUAGAGUCAUAGUGCUCCUGAACACACAGAACAACAUAAGCGAGUACAGACACUGGUCUGUGAACAAUGUCUCUUUCACACUCCCUCACACCCCUUAUCUCAUUGCCCUCAAAGAGAACAUAACUAACGCAUUUGACCCCACUCCUCCCUCUGACGGUCAUGAAUUUGCCAACUACGACAUUUUCAAUGUGUCCCCAAACGCGAAUGCCACUUCUAGCAACGGCAUUUACAGGCUGAAGUUCAACACAACGGUGGAUCUCAUACUUCAAAAUGCCAACACCAUGAACAAAAACAACAGCGAGACGCAUCCCUGGCACCUUCACGGGCACGACUUUUGGGUUCUUGGGUAUGGGAAGGGAAAGUUUGACGCCAACAAUGAUACGAAAAAGUAUAAUUUGGAGAAUCCCAUAAUGAAGAAUACGGUUCCGGUUCACCCCUUUGGUUGGACAGCGCUGAGGUUUAGGUCGGAUAACCCUGGCGUGUGGGCUUUCCAUUGCCAUAUUGAGUCUCACUUCUACAUGGGCAUGGGAGUGGUUUUUGAAGAAGGAAUUGAAAGGGUUGGGAAGCUCCCUUCAUCCAUCAUGGGUUGCGGUCAAACUAAAAGUUUUCAUAGGCCAUAAUUUCCAUUUACUUUUCCUUUCAUUAAAUUUUUUUUAAUUGGACAAUGAUCCUUGUUAAUAUUUUUUUUUUUACAACAUCGUUUACUUGUCAUUUCAGAUCAAUUUUCAUAAUCAUAAACACUAUUAUAGACGAAUCACAUGUACA